GUUAGGCUUUAUAAACAUGGGUCCUCCCUAUGACACAGCCAUGCCUUGGGGCUGGCGGGCAUUUCCAAGGGCAUCCCACAUCAGCAGCAACAAUAGCCUCCACAGACAUAGAGCUGCUGCUAAGAGAUGAAGUUUUUGUUGACUUCUUCAACACAUUUCUGAACCUUCCUGUUUUUGGCCAGACACCCAUUUACAGCAGCAGCACGGGGCAGUGGGACCUCUGGCCAGAGCUACCGAGCCACCUGGAUCCCAGCCCCCAGGCUCUGCUGGCCUGGCUGGGAAAGCACCGGCUGCCUCACUUCUGCAAAUCCAGCUUGUGCCUCCACCUCGUCCUUUGCCAGAAGCUCCUGGGUUUCAUUCGCUCGGAGGAAGCAGCAAAACUGCUGAACUGGCGGAGUGCGGACCAGUGGCUGCUGGGGAAGUGCAUCAGCGGGAGCCAGGGCAUGUGGCGCUUCCGAGCCUUCACCCAAGGAAUGGCAGGGGAAGAACUGACCAACUUCUGGCUCACCACCGAGAGGCUGCUGGGUCUCGAUGAGUCAGAUGCAGCACAGAAGGACCUCUAUCUGUCCUUGGUCCAAAGGCUGAAGGUCACCCACCUGCGUGAAGGUUCCAGCGUCCUUACCCUCUGCAGCACCACUGCUAGGUCAUCACGAAAAGUCACACACAUUGGGUCUGUUGGCAUCCGGAGGGAGAUCCUGAGCAAAAUGCAACAACGAGCCCUGUAUAUCCUUCAGAGUUACUGGCUCCCUAAAUUCUUCAUCCAGUGCAAGAUGGGCAUGGAGGAGGAAAAAUCCUGCUGGCCUCUGCUGCAGGAAUAUCGGGAGCGGUUGGCACAGGACCACUUGCAGGAGCCCUCGGACGUUUCAGAUGGCCUUUCCCCAAUGCAAAUUAAUAGGAGCCAGGGUUCACCGGAGCCCUACUGCAGCAGGAAGGCCAAAGAGAAGAUCUGGGCUCUUAUCAAGGAGGGACAAGACACCCAAGAAAUGAAGACACCCAGUUCUCCAAGGCAACCAGAAAGGCAGACAGGGCCAGCUGGGAGCGUGAAGAGAUUGCAACGGGGUAAAGACAGUUUGGGACUGAUUCGUCAGCAGGCAGAGCGUACUGCAAACUCUGCCACUGGAGGCCAAGGAGGAGCAAAAAGACCUAGGCCCAAAGAAAAAAAAAAGGUCCUCCACCUGGAAGACCUCUGUGAAGAGAAGGUCCUCUCCAGCCUACAUUCCUCUGCGCCCCUGGCUAAGAUGCCGUCUCCCAAAAAGCCAGCCAAGACCUUGCGGUGCCUCCCCUGGGCCCUCAGUGCUGACAGCUGUGCGGGACGGCCCUUCAGGACCUUCUUGCUAUGCCAGGACCGCACCGCUGAGGCUCGUCUCCUGGACCUAUGGCACGACCUGGAAGAAUUCCUGCCCGUGGUGCUGGACCACAGCAGAGAAGACAGUUUCUCCCUGCGCCAUUUCCUCACGGAGAGGAUCUGCGAGUCCUACCUGAAAGAAAACACCAUCCAGCAGCUUCCCAUGGAGACAAGGACCCUCCAGGGCCUGCGGGACCACCUGGCUUCUGCAGAAUUCACCCCCUGGAUAUUCAGAACCCAAAAAGAGAUUUGCAAGGUCCUCUGCACCUUCUAUGAGCAAUUUCUGGCUGAUGAGGACAAGACAUUCCUGCAGUUCAUGUCUCCACAGAGUGAUGUCCCGGUGCCCAAGGUACAAGGACAUGCUCUUGGGAAAGAUGAAUAUUUCCUCCUGUCUGAGCGGAUAAAUGAGUCCUUGAAGCUGAGCCAGGCCUUGCAUGACACAAGGAACUUGGAAGGCCUCUCCCCUGACUACUGGCGAUCCUUUGGCACUCAAGACCUCCAGAAAAGGGGCAUGCUCCAGGCAGAGGUGGAACCUGUUGUGAGCACAACUGAUGCAGACUCCCAGAAGAUGACAUCAAAAGAGCCGUCUGCUCAGAAAGAGUUGCUGCCUGCAGAUAGCUGCAGCAAGGAUGAGGAGCAUUUGUCUCCCAAAAGCCCACUGCUUGCUGCUGAACCUGAGAAGAAAAAGAAGAGAACUGCUCUGAGGAGAAAAACCAGAUCAAGUGCCAAAAAGGCCGUCGCUGUCGCAGUAGAGAAGCCAACGAAAAGACCCAGGCACUUUGUGAAGGUUCUGCACAGCCCUGCCCACCUGCAGUACUUCAGGCAGUUCCUCGAGGAGCGCAGCGCGGAUGAACCACUGCAUUUCUGGAUGGCCGUGGAGAAGCUAGCUGCAGAGACCAGCACCAAGACAAAGAACCUCCUCGUUGACAGCAUUGUCAGAAAUUAUUUCCGUGGUGAAAUCCCAGCUGAGGAACGGCUGAAGUGCAGCUCUUCUAUCAUCCAGGAAAUAAGUGAGGCUGAAACAGUCACCCCCUUCAUGUUGAUGACAGCACAGAUCUUCGUCCAGAAAGAAAUGGAAAAGCAAUGGUUUAAAGAAUACCAGGACCUCUUUCCCCCCAGUGUCACUUACAAGUCCAACCUUUGUUUGCGGCACGGGAGGGGGAGCUUCAAGACAGACAACCUGCGGUGGGCAUGGUUUGCCAUCCAGAACAUUGUCAGAAGCAUCUGCAAGUUCCACCGGGAGAUGAACAACGACAAGUGCCGUGUGGAGUUUGAGGACUUUCUCCGGAAGGAACUAGAAAACGAGGAGGAAAACCUGCCCAUCAUCUCGAUGCAGAGCAACAGCACCUCACGCUCCCGCACAGCCUCUGCCAAGUCCCUACGGGACAAGGACGUGGUGCUGGUGAAACGACAGAUGUUUAACAACCAGCUCAUCACUGUCAACUUCCUCGUUGAUGACCUCCACUUUUACCUGGAGAUCAACAAGUUUUCAAGACUGGCUGAUUCAGCUGAAGCAUUGGCAGCCCGUGACAUGUGCACCAAGAAUGAAGUUGACUUUCUCAAAAGGAAAGCUGCCAUCAUCAGCAAGCUCUUCCUGAGCUCUGAUAUUCCCCCGAGACUGCGGGUGAACAUCUCUGAAGAUGAUAGAGAUUUAAUUUGGAGUUUGUCUUCCAAGGGGCUACUGAACCGGCUCCUCUACCACAGAGCCAAGGUGGCCAUCUUCCCCAUCCUGAUACACUUCUGGAAGAGGUUCUGCACCUGGAAGGUAAUGAAGAGCUUCAGGUUCUCUGCAAGGCGAAGGGAACCGACCUCACUGACCAGUAUAAAAGCCUCUUCUGAACCAUCUGAGGUCUACAGCACAAGCAAUCACGCCGUCAUUUUGUUCUCACUCCUACGAGGGAUCCAGGUCCUGCUGCCCCGGUCUCAUAAGAAGGAGCUAGCGGAGGAGCACGAGGAGUCCAAGAAAAGUGCUGAGAAGCAGCUGCCAUCCAGCAGGUCCAGCUCUGAGUCUGCAGAGCAGGAUGAGGAGGAGGAGGAGGAAGAAGAAGAGACAGAAGAAGAGACCGAAGAAGAGGUGUCCCAGCACAACAACCAUGGUAACAUACUCCAAGGAAGCUGAGCAGCCAGAGCAUACUGCAUGGGCUGUGCUUAAUGUGCAGCAAGGCUGAGAAAUAAAGCAACUCACAGCAUCCUCCAGCCUCCUGCUAUCACAGCACCAGUGGCUUGCAUCUCUGUAGCUUCAGCAGGGACAUGCCACUCAGGUCUAUCUACCCAAGGAGACACCCAUUUGCCAAUCAAAGUCAGCUCAUGCUGAAUUUGGGCCUGAUUUUUUUUUUCCCCCUCCUUUUUACAUACCCAGUGCAGCUAGGUUUCCAAAGCACUAACCAAAUCCUACCCAACGGGUAGGAUUUUUUUUCCUUGUUGUCCUUUAUUUUCCUUGUUGAAAGGCAAGAAGGUAUGGCUGAGCUGAGCACCAGGAAACAGCAGAAAUCUGGUGCACUUUGGACAUCACCUCAUGAAGAAAAGAACAGAACCUUUAGCACACAUUGCUGCUCACAGCUCCCUCCCGUGCAAGCUCCACUGUGUACCUUUACAGCUAUUUUCAGCUACAUUUUAACCCUCAAAUCCUAGAACCUGCAGCCUGGCAACAGCACAGGUAUAUUUAAGGCAGGAGAUGACGCUUCCUAUUUGCCCAUUAGGAUUAACAACACUUAGCAGGAUCAAACAAACCCAAAGUCCAACGUUUCUGUAAAUGAGAGACUUCUCAGGAGCUGCAGCAGCUUCUGACAGCCAGCUGCACAUCCAGCCAGCUGCUCAACUCUGCCCUUGUGCUGCAAGCUGGGUUUGCCCCAAGCUUCCAGCCCCAAAAGCUAGCUGUGUUGCAUCAGCCCUUAAGUCACAGCACGCACACAUGGUGAGCCAUGCGUGCAGAAGCUCAGGCACUAGCAUGGUGCAAGCACUGCACUGGCAAGUGGGCAGAGCCAUUGCACGAGCACGCUGCAUGGUGUGAGUUGUGAGGGUGCAGAAGUCUGACUGCACUUUGUUUGCACUGGCUCACAGCCAGGCUCUAAAUAACAGAUGUGCCUGGAUCUCUUGUGCACACGCACACUGGGGUGUACGGCAAUCAGACUCGCACACAGCACUGCCUGCUGGACUGCAAACACGUGAAGAUAUCAGCACAUGCAGCUAAGCAGAUGCACGGGGCUCAGCGAUGCAUUCUGACAGUCACUCUCUUGUAGAGGAGAUGGGUCAAACACACCCGUUCUGAAUUUUGCAUGUGCACGAGAGCACGCAAGCACUGCUGUUCAUCUUUGCACAUCAACUCAGCCAUGGAAUCCUUGCAAAACAGCAAAAAUGAAAUCAGCAAAAAUGAAAGCAAAACAGCAGUAAGUCCCCCACAUACAGCCCAUCUCCCAUGAGAUGCUACGCACCCAAGGAGAAGAAGCCUUCAGUACCCAGUACAGCUUCAGACUACUUUCCUCUCUGGGAAGGGAUAGGGGGAUCUCAUUCA